CAAGAAUUAUCGACUAUCUUCUUCACUACUCUCCCCUGCCAUUUUAACUAAAAUUGACCGUAAUGGCUUUGAGAAUUAAUUUUCUAUUCUAAAUUGUGCUCCAAACCUAGAUCCAAGUUUCUGAAAUCGAGACAGAAGACUCAUUUAUCUGCUAUCCGCUGUCCAUGCCCGCUCCACUCCACUCCAUGAGAAUAAAUGGAAGCAAGUUAUAUAUUUGUUAAACAGCAACAGCAGCCUCCAUGUUUUGAAAUUCUUAUAUUUGAAUGUUUAUGGUGAAGAAAUAGAUCCCUGUUGCCGUAUUCUUCUUUAGAUUUCUCGGCAGAUUUGCUUGAACUCCUGGGCGUACGUCUCUCUCUAAGGCGCUAGGCGCGGCUUGGCGAACGCCUAGUCAUUUGAGAGGUACGCCCUGCGCUUUCCAUUUCCACCUCGAGGUGAUUUUUGACCGCCCCGCCCUGAUGCGCGCCCUAUGACUCGCCCCAAUAUCUCCUGCUUUAUAUUUUUGGGGCCUUAAAUAUUUGGGGGCCUAAGGCAAGAGUCCUAGAGCCGCCCUUGCAAAGAACUUGGUGAGGAAAUGAUGCAAAAUAGAGCUUCUUCUGGAGCUUGUCCAGAAGACGUGAAGAAAAUCUCUUCUUCUGAGAGAGAAUCUGUUUUGGAUACUGAACCUGAAAGUGGAAUUUCAAAUAACAAGAGGACUGUAUUCAGUGGAGGGGGAGAGGGCAUUGAAGAUCUUUCAGUUGCAAAUUCAAGGAGAUCCAUCAUAGAUAUGGAUAAUGAAGAUGCUAUAUGUAAGCGCACUAGAGCGAGGUACUCACUUGCUAGCCAUACACUUGAUGAACUUGAGACAUUUCUUCAAGAAACAGAUGAUGAGAAUGAUCUUCACAAUGCCGACGAUGAAGCGUACAGGAAGUUUCUUGCAGCUGUUUCACUGAUUGGAGAUGGAAAUUCUGGAAACGUACAAGAGAAUGAAAAUUUUGAUGAUGAAGAUGAAGACAACGAUGCAGAUUUUGAGCUUGAAAUUGAGGAGGCAUUGGAGAGUGACAUUGAUGAACACGUGAAGGCUGAUGUUGAAGAGGAGUACGAGGCUGUUAGUCGAAGACCUAAGACUAGGCAAACUAGGCGCCAAAGAGCUUCUCUUGAGAACAAGAAGAAGGUUUUAGGGCUGUCAAAUAGGCCACUACGCCCUUUGUUACCAUAUCUGCCCAUUUCUCCUUACUCUGGACAUGGUACAAAAAGCAUGACGAUGCCAAGAUGUUCUCUAGCUUCACUCAGUCUGUCGCCUGCAAAUGAUGGCUUUAUGAAUGGAUUUACAGCCCAUCAGAUAGGACAAUUACAUUGUUUGAUACAUGAGCAUGUUCAACUUCUUAUUCAGGUAUUUGCGGUUUGUGUUCUUGAGCCGGCCAGACGGCACAUUGCUUCUGAUGUUCGGGAAUUGAUAUCACAAAUGCUUCAUAAACGUGAUGAAGUACUAGCAAGUAGGAGUGUGCCAUAUCCCAGUUUUUGCUUCUUCUUCCCAUAUGUUCAUCCCUCAGUGUCUGAUGAACCUUCGAAGACUUCGCCUGCCCAAAUCACCAACAAAAUAUCUUCAGCACAUGUUUUGCAGGGAGACUGCUCAUCUGGACUUAACAUAGGCUCCUGGGUACCUUAUAUUAGUGGUCCAAUACUAUCUGUUCUUGAUGUGGCUCCGAUCAAAUUAGUCAAGGACUUCAUGGAUGACGUUUCUCAUGCUAUGCAAGAUUACCAACAUCGGCAAGUAGGAGGUAUGGAUGAUAUCUGCUCCGAGAAGGAACCCUUGUUUCCUGUGCAAAAUAUUCAUUCUACUGCUGAACCUGAUGGUCAGGCUUCCUUGUAUUCAAACGGCGUGCCUCCUCCUUCAUCAAGUUUUCGAACAUCAAAGAAGACUAUGGCUGCUGUAUUAGUAGAAAAAGCUAAAAAACAGGCAGCUGCUCCUGUUCCAAAGGAGAUUGCUAAGUUAGCCCAGCGCUUCUUUCCUUUGUUUAAUCCUGCCCUGUAUCCCCAUAAGCCACCCCCUGCAGCGGUAGCAAACCGGGUGCUUUUUACUGAUGCAGAGGAUGAAUUAUUAGCAUUGGGUUUGAUGGAGUAUAAUACAGACUGGAGGGCAAUUCAGCAGCACUAUCUUCCUUGCAAAUCUAAGCAUCAGAUUUUUGUCAGGCAGAAGAAUCGCUCAUCAUCUAAAGCACCUGAAAAUCCAAUAAAGGCGGUUCGGAGGAUAAAAAACUCUCCCUUGACGGCAGAAGAGGUUGCACGUAUUGAAGAGGGUCUGAAGGUGUUCAAGCUUGACUGGAUGUCAGUGUGGAAGUUUAUUGUUCCUUAUCGAGAUCCUUCCUUGUUACCCCGGCAGUGGCGCAUUGCUAUUGGAACUCAGAAAUCAUAUAAAUCCGAUGCUAGUAAGAAGGCAAAACGCCGGUUAUAUGAAGAGAGAAGAAAAUCAAAAGCGGCUGCUUUGGAAAAUCGGCAUGUUUCUUCCGAAAAGGAGGAUAAUGUUGCUGACUAUGCUGUAACAGAAAAUAGUGGUGCAGAUAAUUGUACAGAAAGAGAUGAGGAAGCUUAUGUUCAUGAGGCCUUUUUGGCAGAUUGGAGGCCUGCUGUAUCCAGCAUCCAAGUGAAUCAUUCUAUUUCAGACCUAGCAGAGAAAAUUCCUCCUGCUCAGCUAUUGGGAGAUGAGAGUUCUCCAGUUGCUGAAGAGAUGAAUAGCAGUCGAUCUGGAAGUGGGCAAUCGCAUAUCUCUAACGAGUUCCCUGUUUCUCUGAAGGCCUCAAAAACCGAGUCCUUUUCGCGGCCAUACCGAGCCCGUAAAUGUAACAAUGGACAAUUAGUCAAAUUAGCUCCGGGCCUGCCUCCUGUUAAUCUUCCACCAUCUGUUCGAGUUAUAUCUCAGUCGGCUUUUAAAAGCUAUCAUGGUGGAACGUAUCCAAGGACUUUUGGUGGGGAUGCUUGUACGGGUGAUACAGACAACACAGUCCCAAAAAUUGCAAGUGCUGCUAAGAAUUAUUAUGUGAAAGAUGGACCGUUUAGCAUUAGUGCUGGGGGGAACACUAUAAGUAAUCAGAAUCUACAGGAAAGCAGUGUGUCAAAGGAUAAUAAGAAUGUUACUGAAGGAAAAGAUGAGUCAGAUCUACAGAUACAUCCUUUGCUCUUCCGGGCCCCUGAAGAUGGCCCUUUGCCAUAUUAUCAGUCUAACUCUAGUUUUAGUACAUCCAGUUCGUUCAGUUUCUUUUCGGGUUGUCAACCUCAACUAAAUCUUAGCCUCUUUCAUCAUUAUUCACGCCAAUUAGCCCAUAAUGUUAACUUUCUUGACAAGUCUUCUAAGCUCAGGGAUAAAACUUCAAUAUCAUCUGGUUUUGACUUUCAUCCACUUCUGCAAAGAACUGAUGAUGCAAAUUGUGACUUGGAAGCUGCAUCCUUUGCUGCACCAACCUUAUGUAUCUCAGAGUCAUCAAAAGGAAGGUGCACUCAAGUUCAGAAUGCUGUCGAUAGUAGUUCAAAUGUUGCUUGUUCUAUACCCUCUAGCCCUGUGGGAAAAAGCAAUGAGGUUGACUUGGAGAUGCACUUGAGUUUCACGUCAAGAAAGCAGAAAGCCAUGGGAAGCAGAGGAGUGGCUGACCAUUAUAUGGGAAGAUCACCUACUAGUGCUUCAGAUUCUGGAGAUGAAAAUCAUCAAAUCAAUAGAACUCCAAAUAGAACCACGCAAACCCAUGAUUCAGCUGCUACCGCAAUGAUUUUAUCCAGCGACCAAGAAAAUGGAAAUGACCUUGAUUAUAUGGCAGACCAGUCCCUUGCAGAAAUUGUGAUGGAGCAGGAAGAGUUAAGUGACUCAGAGGAAGAAAUAGGAGAAGAUGUAGAGUUUGAGUGCGAAGAGAUGGAGGACUCAGAAGGAGAGGAGAUAUUUGAAUCCGAAGAGAUAAUUAUUGAUAAAAAUGAGGUGAAACUGAACUUGGAAUUGUCUCGCAAUGCUGCUUGACAAAACAUGUAUUUAAGAUGACUAAGCAGUAUUUAGCCAAUGUAUCCCUGAAGAUAAAUGUGAAGGUUGGAGGAAGAAAUACUGUGCUGG